GGGAACCCCUUCGGGGAACCCCCUUCGGGGAACCCCCUUCGGGGAACCCCUUCGGGGAACCCCUUCGGGAACCCCCCCCCUUCGGGGAACCCCCUUCGGGAACCGCCCCCCCCCCUUCGGGGAACCCCUUCGGGAACCCCCCCCUUCGGGGAACCCCCUUCGGGGAACCCUUUUCGGGAACCCCUUCGGGGAACCCUUUUCGGGAACCCCUUCGGGGAACCCCUUCGGGGAACCCCUUCGGGGAACCUUUUCGGGGAACCUUUUCGGGAACCCCUUCGGGGAACCCCUUCGGGGAACCCCUUCGGGGAACCCCUUCGGGGAACCCCUUCGGGGAACCCCUUCGGGGAACCCCUUCGGGGAACCCCUUCGGGGAACCCCUUCGGGGAACCCCUUCGGGGAACCCCUUCGGGGAACCCCUUCGGGGAACCCCUUCGGGGAACCCCUUCGGGGAACCCCUUCGGGGAACCCCUUCGGGGAAAGGGGCUUUGCCCCUUGAUCUACUAA